GGAGCAGCGAAAGGCCAUGGCUGAGCGGGCUCCGGCGACUCCUGUGAAAGGGUAGUUCGACCCCCAAAGGGGUCAUGACCCACAGGUUGAGAACUGCUGCUUUAGAGACACAGAAGAAGAGACACAGAAACCUAGAUACUCCAAAGGAAAAGGCCAUAUGACAGCAGAGAACGGCAGCUUUAAGCCAAGCUAUGCCAAGGGUGGACAGCCACCACCAGGCACAAGGGAAGGGCAUGGAAUAGAGUCUCCAUUGGAGCCUUCAGAGAGAGCUGGGCCUGCUAACACUCUGUUUUCGGACUAGCCACCAGAAUUGUGAGAGGACACGUUUUCAUUGUUUUAAGCCAUCUAGUUUGUGGUACUUUAUUACAACAGCCCUAGAACACUAAUACACAGACUUUCAAGAGCAGUAUUUGGGACAAUUGACUUUCCAUUGGGGGAAAAAAGCAAAAAACAUUGAGGUACCUCUGACUUUUGAGGAUAUUGCCAUUUACUUCUCGGAGCAAGAAUGGCAGGAUCUAGAGGCCUGGCAGAAGGAGCUUUACAAGCGUGUGAUGAGAACCAAUUAUGAGAUUCUGGUUUCUCUAGAUGGUGGACUUCCCAAACCGGAGCUGAUAUCCCGGAUUGAACAGGGGAGAGAGCUCUUCAGGAAUUUCGGAGAACCACAGAAGUCAGGAAACGUGAUUUUCAACCCUGCUGAUUUGCAUUUCGAUCCAGUUAUUGAGGGACAGCAGUUUUGGAUUUCAGGAAGCCAGCAAGCUGUGAAUUCAAGAGAAUCCGAAUGCCAUUUCCAAGUCGAUCCUCUUGAGAGCCAGGGUUCCUCCGAACCCUUACUAAGAAAAAAUGAAGAUGUUUCCUUCAGGCCGGACCAAAACAUCACCUUCAUGAAGCCAGACAGACACGAUCCACGGGCUCUCCUCCCAGCAGCCCACCAUUCCUGGAAACCCACCCACAGAGAAAGACUCUUGAACCCCAGAACUCUGGGUCCCCCAGGCCUCCAGGAGAUGACCUCCUGGGAGGGCACCCCACAUCCUUGCCCUGUCUGUGGGGAAAGCUUUUGGAAGAAGCAUCGUGUAGAGAAGCACCAGGGGAGCCACUCGAAGGACCAGCCGCAUGGGGCCUGGAAGAAACUCGGCAGACAAGCUGACCUGCGGCAUCAGUGGAGCACCCCUCGGGGACAGAGGCACUUCCGAUGUCAUGAAUGUGGGAGGAGCUUCUGCCUAAAGCGGGAUUUGUUUAACCAUCUGGCCACACACACAGGGAAGAGCCCACUGCAGUGCCCUGAUUGCAGUAUGUGCUUCCAUCACAAGUGGACCCUCUUCAGCCACCACCUUCUGCACCAGGGGGAGAGCCCUUCCCAGUGCCCCAGAUGUGACACGAGCUUUCUCCCCAAGACCAGCAUACAGGCUCACCAGGGCCAGCGCAGCGGGGCGAGGCCAGUCUUCCCGAGAGAGGGCGACAGGGCCUUCUGUGAGAAGGCCAGGCUCAGCAGUGUGCACUCAGGACAGAGGCCAGGCCCAGGCCUGCCUCUUGAGGAGCGCUGCCACUUGAUGGGGGGCAUGGAGCGUGUCCUCCAGCGCUGCCCUGCCAGAGAGAGGCCAUUCCUUUGCACAGCAUGUGACAAGUGCUUCUCUACCAGGGCCAAGCUCACCAGCCAUGUCAGGGUGCACCAGGGGGAAAAGCCCUUCCCGUGCCUGGAGUGUGGUAAGAGCUUCCGCCUGAGGGGCCUGCUGAAGGUCCACCAGCGUGUGCACAGUGGAGAGAGACCCUUCUCCUGCAGGAAGUGUGGCAAGGGGUUCAGCAAACAGUGCAGACUCGCCGAGCACACCCGAGUGCACAGCGGGGAGAAGCCUUUCUGGUGUGCCGAGUGUGGCAGGAAUUUCCGCCAGAGGGGACAGCUGCUGAGGCACCAGCGACUGCACACGGAUGAGAAGCCCUUCCAGUGCCCCGAGUGUGAGCUGAGCUUCCGUCUGAAGAGCAUGUUGAGAGCCCACCGGCUCCGACACAGUGGGGAGAGGCCAUUCUCCUGCAGUGAGUGUGGCCGCGGCUUCACUCACCAGUGCAAGCUCCGGGAGCACCUGCGUGUGCACAGCGGGGAGAGGCCUUUCCAGUGCCCCGAGUGUGACAAGAGCUUCCGCCUGAAGGGCAUCCUGAAGGCCCACCAGCGCACCCACAGCGCCGAGAGGCCGUUCUCCUGUGCGGAGUGCGGCAAGGGCUUCACCAGGCGGUCUAAGCUCACCGAGCACCUGCGCGUGCACAGUGGGGAGAGGCCCUUCCAGUGCGCCGACUGCGACCGGAGUUUCCGCCUCAAGGGGCAGCUGCUGAGUCACCAGCGCCUGCACACCGGAGAGAGGCCCUUCCAGUGCCCGCAGUGUGACAAGAGCUACCGUGUGAAGGCAGACAUGAAGGCCCACCAGCUGCUGCACAGCGGGCAGAUGCCGUUCUCCUGUGAGUGUGGCAAAGGCUUUGCCAAGCAGUCAAAACUUGUCGAACACAUCAGGACACACACAGGGGAGAAGCCUUUUCGGUGUCUGAAAUGUGACAAGAGUUUCCGCUUGAAGGCACAGCUGCUCAGCCACCAAGGCCUGCACACAGGAGAGCGACCUUUCCACUGCCCUGAGUGUGACAAAACCUUCCGGGAAAAGGGACACAUGCUUAGGCACCAGCGCAUACAUCGGCCAGAAAGGCCUUUUGCCUGUGGCGACUGUGGGAAGGGCUUCAUUUAUAAGUCCAAACUUGCUGAACACAUCCGAGUGCACACAAAAUCCUGUCGUGCUCCGAGUGGGCCUGACAUUCAGAAACGGCUCAGCCAGCUGUUUGCCAUGAUCGAGGCUGACUGGAGCUGAGACAGAGUGGCAGCCAUCCAGAUAAGCAGCCAUCGGGCUCAUGGUGCCUGGGGAUCCACAGCAACCAUAGCUGAACCCACUGCUGCACACGCUGGUGGACCUUCAGCAGGCCGCUCGGGGAAGCUCUUGUCACACUCCAGGCACAGGUUUCAGGAACAAGGGCCCCUUUUGAGCAAGAAUGUAAUACAAGUUAGGAAUAUAAGAAACCACUAAGAAUUUUCUUAAAUCAUCACCAGUUGUAUUUUCUAUCCAUUGAUAAAAAGAGACAUUUGUUUUUCCUACCAUCUUAAGUGGCAAUUUUACCCAAAUACUUAGCUAGCUUUGAAAUCCCAGGUUGAAUUGAGACAGGAAAUCCCUCUAGUACUGGCUGUUACAUGUCAUUCCCCUUUUCUUUUUUCAUAUAUGAUCCUAAGCUGGCGUGGUUUCAAUCCAGUGAAUUUUGUUGCAGACAUUAGAUUUGGUUAGAUUGACUUGUUUGGAAACUGAUAGUAAUAAAACAAGUUUUCUGAAUGGUU